CCGGCGCUGCCCCGCGCUCGGGCGGGUCAUGGAGGUGGCACGGGAUUGCGUGGGAUUGCUGCUGCGAUCUUUCAUAUCCAUGGGAGCAUCAGUAGGAGCGGUAACAAAACAGACCCUGUUCCCUCCUCUCAUGCCCGCAGGACGCCCUUUCCGUGUGUCCAACGCCUCCCGCAGCAGCAGGAAGGGAAUUGUUGCCAGCAGCCUGCAGGAGCUCCUCAGCAAGACUUUGGACGCCUUUGUUAUAACUGCUGGAAUAGUUACUCUGGUUUUGGAGGAAGAUGGCACAGUUGUGGACACAGAAGAGUUCUUCAAGUCCCUGGAUGACAAUACACACUUCAUGGUUCUAGAAAAUGGACAGAAAUGGACCCCAACAAAAAAUGGAGUUGUGGCUGUGAGAAAAAAGAAGAAAAUGGGAGUAGCUAACAUCACAUUUGACCUGUACAAACUGAACCCUAAGGAUUUUAUUGGCUGCUUAAACAUCAAGGCAACCUUCUAUGAGAUCUACUCUAUCUCAUAUGACAUCAAAUGCAUGGGAGCCAAAAGUGUAUUACGGAAAGUGCUUCAGCUACUAUCCCAUGCAGCACAAAUAACUGGACAGUUUCUGCUCUACACUGGAACAUACAUGCUGCAGUUGAUGGGUGAAUAUGAUGAAGAAGAAAUGUGCAUGAGAUCCAGGCGGGAGUAGUGACCACAGCCGCGCUCCUGGUGUCGAAUCCUUUGCUCACAGACAUUGUCCUGCCCAGCUCUGAUUGUAACAGUGUUAUAGCAGGGGUGUGCACUAAUGUGAACUAACAUUUAUCCUGUUUGGGGGUGCUUGUAGCCCUUAGUCAUGAAGUGUUGGAUGUUCACAGGCUCUUAACACCGCAAAAAGAUGGGUGUCUAAUCUGGCAAGAGGAGAGAGAGGGCAGGUUUUUGUUCCAGAAAUUCAAAAUUAAGAAUAAGUAUACUUGGAAACUUUAAUGCUUUGUAACCAAUGGAAUAUUUUUUGCACCAGUCAGGACAUUGGGGUUUUUGUGUGGUUAUUUUUUUGUUUUUCAUGGCUAUCUAUUUGCAUUCUGAACAGACUGGGCUGUAAGGUGAGGGCAUGGAGGGGACUAUGGGGUUUCUUUGUUUAUUUGUUAAUUUUAAUCCUUAACAGUGCUGGGAUUAAUGUGAGGCUGACAUUGAGGUGAAGUGUACCUAUUUACUCCUGCUGACAAUGGAACUACUUAGUGCAACUUCAGUCUUACUUCAGUGACUGACUCUUCUAAUGAAGUCUAAUUGGAGAUUGUGCAAUCACUAAGCAGAAGGUUAAAAUUUAGCUUUACAUCCCUUAAAACAAAUAAAUCCUUUUCAUUAUA